AUGUCAAACGAGUUCGACUUAUCUGAUUUUUCAAUUACUGAACAGUCUGAGUAUCGAAGAUUCAAAUUUCAAUUCAACUGGUUGUUUUUCUAUGUCUUGGGAAUGGCAUGCUACAGUGUUCUCCCUAUAUUCAUCUACUUCAAAAUCUUAUUCUUUAUUCUAACCGAGAAGAAAACUGUGAAAAGAAGUAUAAUGCGAGCUGAAAUAUUCGAUUCAUUCCUAUACAUGCAAUUUUGGAAUAUUGUGCUGAUUAUUGCUGAUUUCUCAAUGAUUCGGAUACCAUAUACCACAUUUUUCACCAAGUAUUUUGCCACUGAAAACCCACAAGUUUUGAUGAAAUUCAUCGUAUUCCUUUAUUUCUGGGCAACUUACGCAUCUCAACUAUUCACACUUUUGUUUUGUGCGCUCAGAGUGUCAAUCUUGUAUGCGGUUCCAGAAACUACAACAGAGACGAUUAACAAGUAUGUUCCUCCUAUCAUUGUCACUUCUACUCUUUUUGCUGCGUUACCUCAUCUUUCCUCUGAAAUCCUAUGCCUACAACUUACAGAACCUUACUCUUACGGCUCAUUUCUAAUUAUUUCAGUUCUUCAUGCGACUAAUAAGAUUGUGUUAGUGUCAAAUCUUUCAUUUUACAUAACAGUUGCUAUGAUUUUGAUUGUUCUCAAUAUGCUAAUGCUGUUGAAAAUUCGUAGAAAUAAAUCAAUGAACGCCUUCCAAUCAACAACUAAAAGUGCUAAAGUUGAACGAACAUUAACAGUGACUAUGAUUAUUUUACUGUUUCCAAUGAUAUUCGGUUAUUUGGUUUCGAUUGGGGAAAUCUUUCGUAUCCCCCAAUUUUCCUACGUUCUCCUCUUCCGUGCGCUUGUUCAAGAUUUUCGAGUUCACAUUGUCACCUGCUACUUCUACAGUACCAAUCCGGUUUUUAAAGCUACGAGUCCACAGUCUUCUGUGAUUCACGUCAGCCAUGUCAGUCGCUUAACUUAG